UUCAUAGCAUAUAGUUGCGGUUAUAAUACAACAUGGAUAGGUCGUGUGUUUUUCACAUUUUUGGCAAUCUACAUUAAAUUUAUAUUUUUUAAAUAGGGUGCUGUGAACUGCUGUGUGUGAAAUAAACGAGAAAAUUAUUUUAAAAUAGCCGUGUACAGCCGCAUAACUGUUUUGAAAUGUUAGCAUUUUAUCUGCCUAAGUAGGCCACUUUUGGGUACACCUUCACUAAGUUUAACAUUUAAUAUGGAUCUACCAUAAAUUCAUGAUAGCCUUACUACUUUCAUUUAUAUUUCUCAUUGUCGAUAUCUGUUAGUUAAUUUAAGAAAUAUAUAAUAUUUAAGACUGAAAAUGUGUUGUGUUACAUUUACCAAUUAACAGUAAUUUGCUCACAAUUUUCGUUAAUUAUCGACGCGACAGUAAAGUGAUUGUUAAUUUUAGAAUAUAUUAUUUUUAAUCUCAUGUUUUAAAAACUUUUUUCUGUCUGAAAGGGAAAUCUCAAUAUACAUCAAGAUGCCUUUAGUGGAAGAAAUUAUGUAUAUUUUUAAUAUAGAUUCUGCAGAAAAAAUGCGGAUACCUACAUGGUCUCAAGCUCAAAGAACUUUAAGCCGAAAGAAACUGGUGAUACAAAAUGAUGACACUAAACUUGCCAAAGUGUUAUCUACCCUUGAUCUGACAGCUUUGGGAGUAGGUAGUACUCUAGGAGUAGGAGUUUAUGUAUUGGCUGGUGAAGUAGCGAAAACCACUGCAGGACCGGCUGUGAUUAUUUCAUUUUUAAUUGCUGCAUUGGCUUCAAUAUUAGCAGGUCUUUGUUAUGCUGAAUUUGGAGCCAGAGUUCCAAAAGCAGGAUCUGCAUAUGUUUACAGUUAUGUCUGCAUAGGCGAGUUUUUUGCAUUUAUUAUAGGUUGGAAUCUCAUACUAGAAUAUCUUAUAGGAUCUGCAUCAUGUGUUAAAGCACUCUUUUUAUAUUUUGAUAAUAUGGCAAAUAAGACAAUGUCAAACUACUUCAUGCAGACAAUGCCAAUGAAUGGAGGACAAAUUGCGACGUACGCCGAUAUUUUUUCUUUAGCAUUGUCAAUUGUUUUUGCUGUGGCGUUGGCGUUUGGCGCAAAAGAAUCAUCGCUAGUCAACAAUGUGUUUACGUUAGUAAACAUUAUAAUAGUACUUUUGGUUAUUAUAUCUGGGAUAUUUAAAGCUGAUGCAGCUAAUUGGAACAGAACGGCCCAAGAAGCAAUGGGAAUAGGAAUGGGUGGUUUUGCACCUUAUGGCAUCAAAGGAAUCAUUAAAGGGGCUGCAAAAUGUUUUUACGGAUUUAUUGGAUUUGAUUGUAUAGCCACGGCAGGCGAAGAAGCAAAAACGCCCCAAAAGUCUAUCCCAAUCGGAGUAGUAAUGUCCCUACUUAUAGUUUUUUUAUCUUAUUUUGGAAUGUCCACUGUCUUAACUAUGAUGCUACCUUAUUAUGAACAAGAUACCACCGCCCCAUUACCUCAUGUAUAUGAACAGAUCGGGUGGACAACUAUCAAAUAUAUAGUUAGUAUAGGAGCUUGUUGUGGGUUGUUUUCGAGCUUAUUGGGAGCAAUGUUUCCACUUCCAAGAAUUAUCUAUGCAAUGGCCUCAGACGGCUUGCUUUUCAGAACUUUGUCCAAAGUACAUCCUAAGUUUCAGACACCUUUUAUGGGUACAUUGUUAGCUGGUGCUGUUACUGGGAUUUUGGCUUGUAUCUUCGAGCUAAGCAAGCUGACCGAAAUGAUGUCAAUUGGGACACUACUGGCAUAUUCCAUGGUUGCGGCAUGUGUAUUAGUGCUAAGAUACGCUCCUGACUCAAAGAAAACUGAUGUUCCCGAGACUAUCACGCUAAAGUCAUUUAUAAAACAGACUAUGUCUUCCCAAACGACAUAUCCAACAAAAUUGACAUCAUCUGUUGUUUCAUGGCUUAUUAUAAUUUUCUUUACGCUUUGCUUUAUUCUAUCCGGUCUAAUGACUAUUUUCGAAGACAAUUUAUACAGAGGUGAAGCAUGGCUGAUAAGUAUAUGUGUUGUUCUGGGAAUAUUUCUUCUUCUAUUACUCUUCAUUGUUUCAUUUCAACCGACGUCUGAUAUGGAACUCGGUUUUAAGGUCCCAUUAGUUCCUUGGAUUCCUGGAAUAAGCAUUUUCAUAAAUAUUUAUCUUAUGACACAUAUCAAUAAGGAUACCUGGCUAAAAUAUGUUUACUGGAUGGCAAUUGGUUUAGUAAUAUACCUUACAUAUGGUAUUUGGCAUAGUAAUGAAAGGUCGCCUCCAUUGACGUCAACUGUCACACGAAAUGGAUCUAUAAAGCAAAAUGACUUAAGUGGUAAUAGCUACUAUGGUGCUACAGUUGCCAGUAAAAGUGAGGAUUAUGAAGAAAAGCUGUAAAAGUUAUGACAAUUUUUGUCCGCAAAUAUUAAAUAAAGAUGGCUGUUCAAAAUGUUAUUAACUCUGAAAAAUACAGGGUGACUAAAACAAAUUAUGUAAGCUCUUCAUACAGUUAAACUGAAGUAUUUUUAUCAGUAUUUUCAUUGCUCAAUGUGAUCUUUGUUAUUCAGAGUGUACAAUAAGAUUUAUGCCAAAUUUUAACAGAUCAUAGCUUUAACACAUCCUUGUUCGAUUCGCGUUUAUAAUAUAAACUAUAGUUUAAACAAAGUGUAAAACAAAUUUAUAAUACAAGGUGUUACAGAGUGAGAUGCUGAUCCUUAAGGAUGUUAAUCUUUAGGUAAUUUUAAGAAGAAAAGUUCAAAUAAAGUUGUCCUAUAACCUCCUUAACUUUUGAGCUACAGAAUAUUGAAAGUUGUCACCUUUAGAACCAAAUUUAGGACAUCCUGUAUGAAAUUUUUUUAAACUAUUUAAUAUUAAAGUACCGGAUAUAAGAUAGACGUCUAGAAUUAGAGUUGUUAUACUGUAAUAGUAAAAUAAUAUAAAUAUGUUUAUGAAAUAAAUAAAUUAUUUUUUUUACUAAUAGAUUGACCAUGCAUAAAAAUAUUUUUACUUUUUUCCGCGGUAAUGGCAUAUAGGAUAAAAAAAAGUCAAGAAAUCAAAUUUACCCUAAGUGAAUGGAAAUUGUAAAAUUAUUAAAAAUGGCUGUUCAAACUCAGAUGGUGUAUGCUAAAUUUCAUACACAUAUUUAGGAUGUUAAUAAAGUUAUGGUGAAGUAACGAUUUUUUUAUUAAGAUUUUAACUUACUCUAGCUCAAAAGUCCAGGGGUUUAAGACAUAGCUUUAUAUGAACUUUUCUUCCUAAAACCACCUAAGGGUUAACACCCUUAAGGAUCAGCAUCUUAUUCUGUAACACCCUGUAUAAUACUCAAUUAUCGUUUAAAAAUUAAAAAACACUUAUUCAAAUUAAAUCUUCUGUCAUCUUUCAAACUUUGCCAUAGAUCUUGUAGAACAUCCUGUUUAUUUAGGUCGUCGUUAGUAGUCCUUUAAAUCCUUAAGUCCUUAGAACCCUUUUAGUCCUUGAAGACCCUUUUAGUCCUUGAAGUCCUUUAAAUGGGGAAUAUUAUGCGUUUAGGUACUAUAUUAAAAAAACCUAAACAUUUUAAUGACAGGUAUAAAGUUAAGAAAUUUUAUUGUCACCUCGCAUAUAUAGACUUUAAAACACUUUCUUCUAUUUAAUAGUGGAGAUUUUAUUUAAAAUUUUAAAACAUGUAUGUAACUAUUAUUUGCCAAAUUUAACACAAAGCAAAUUUGUCGGGAAAAUGCUGUAUUAUUUUAUAAUAUUUAAUUUAUUUAGUUGUAAUAUUUUACAAAUAUACUUAUUUGUUACUAUUAUGAUAAUUUUGACCUAAUAAAAUAAGUUAAUUAAUAAA